AUGGCAGAGGUCAUUGAAGGACUAGAGGGUGUGAUUUGUCACAUAGACGAUGUGUUGGUCUGGGGGCGUUGCCAGGAAGAGCACGAUGCCCGACUUCAUGCAGUACUUAAGAGGCUGGAAGAAGCUGGUAUUACGUUGAAUAUAGAGAAAUGUGACCUGUCGAGAGGCACAGUGACCUUCUUGGGCCAUGUCAUUACGAGUUCUGGUAUAAGCCCGGAUCCAAGGCGGACCGCGUCCAUCACAGAGAUGACAGCACCUGCUACAGUAGGAGAACUCAGAAGUUUCCUGGGCAUGGUGAAUCAGAAACUUAUCUUUUUUCUGUCUCAUAGAACUCUAUCCACAAGUGAUGAUGUUAAAGACCGAGAUAAGGAAAAGGGCCGUUUGGAGGAGGCCUAUGAAAAGUGUGAUCGGGAAUUGGAUGACCUCAUUGAGCAGCAUUACACUGAAUUGACAACAGCAAUCCGUACUUACCAAAGUAUCACUGAACGCAUUACCAGCUCCCGCAAAAAAAUCAAACAGGUGAAAGAAAACCUGCUGUCCUGCAAAAUGUUAUUGCAUUGCAAGAGGGAUGAGCUGCGAAAACUUUGGAUUGAAGGCAUUGAGCACAAACAUGUUCUGAACCUGCUAGAUGAGAUUGAGAACAUCAAGCAAGUGCCUCAGAAGCUGGAGCAGUGCAUGGCCAGCAAACACUACCUCACUGCCACAGAUAUACUGGUGUCAGCUGUGGACUCCUUGGAAGGACCGCUUCUACAAGUGGAGGGACUAAGUGAUUUGAGGCUAGAACUGCACAGCAAGAAAGUUAAUAUGCACCUUGUUCUAAUAGAUGAGCUGCAUCGCCAUCUCUAUAUCAAGUCGACUGGCUGGCUGGGACAGAAACUCCGGGAGAAGGGGAAAACUAGCGCACAUCCUAAAGAUGUCUCUCCUAGUCCUUUGCUUGAUGUCUCAAACUUCUCUACACCUCGGAAGUUUCUAGAGGUCUCUCAGUACAGCACUCCUGGCAGUACAAGUAGCAGUGUUCGAGAGCUGAACAUCCAGGAUAUUAAAGAGGAUUUGGACACAGACCCUGAAGAGAACAGCCCCAUGUUUAUGGGUAUCCUUAUCAAAGCCUUGGCCAAGUUGAAAAAGAUCCCUGAGACAGUCAAAGCAAUUAAGGAUCGUCUGGAGCAGGAGCUGAAACAGAUUGUCCGGAGGUCUACUACCCAGGUUGCAGACAGUUCAUAUCAAAGAGGAGAAAAUCUGUGCCAGGAGAACCAACCAAGGCUACUGCUGGAUCUAUUGGAACUUCUAUUCAUAAAGUUUAAUGCUGUGGCAGCUGCUCACAAGAUUGUCCUUGGACAACUGAAACAGAUUGUAGCCUCCUCAUCUGUUCCUCAGGAGAGUGAAAUUAAGCUGUAUGAAAUGGCAGAUGUGUGGGUAAAAAUUCAGUCUGUUUUACAGAUUCUGUUGACUGACUAUCUGGAUGUGAAGAAUACCCACAAUGCUUCUGAACCUUCAUCACAGCUCAGCUACGCCAGCACUGGCAGGGACUUUGCUGCCUUCUUUGCCAAGAAGAAACCACAGAGACCCAAAAGCUCUCUUUUCAAGUUUGAGUCCUCAUCACAUGCCAUCAGCAUGAGUGCCUACUUACGAGAGCAGCGAAGGGAACUGUACAGUAAGAGCGGAGACCUGCAGGGUGGCCAUGUUCACGUGGAUCCUGCUUCUGAAGACAGACCAGGAGGUGCACAUGACACAUUGAUUGAAGGAGGAGGAACAAAGUUUGUCUGCAAACCUGGAGCCCGGAAUAUUACUGUCAUUUUCCACCCGUUGCAAAGAUUUAUUCAGGAAAUCGAACAAGCUAUGGGGCCCAGCCUGGCCAAACAGUGUCCCUUGCGAGAAUUCCUUACAAUGUACAUCAAGACCUUCUUUCUUAACCAGGUGCUGACUGAAAUCAACAAGGAAAUAGAUGGGGUGACAAAGGUAUCGGAUCCUCUAAAACUGCUGGCAAAUGCAGACACUAUGAAAGUUUUGGGAGUGCAACGACCCCUCCUUCAGAGCACUGUGAUUGUGGAGAAGACUGUGCAGGACCUACUGAAUCUGAUGCAUGAUCUGAGUGCUUACUCUGACCAUUUCCUCAACAUGGUGUGCAUCAAGCUGCAAGAAUACAAGGAUACCUGCACCACAGCUUACAGAACUGCUUUUGCUAAAGAAUCAGAGGUCUUGAUUGGUAACCUUGGAGACAAGCUGAUCCCGCAAAAUGAAAUCCUGCAUGAUGUAAGUGAUAUGAAGGCCUUGGCAAACUUGCAUGAGAGUUUGGAAUGGCUUUCUGGGCGACUGAAAGGCUUCUUUUCCAGUUUGCCAACAACACAAAUAGUGUCUCCAGGCCCAGAAUGUUAUGUACCCACAGAAGUCCCACCAGUGUCAGAGCAGAUCAUGGAGACUCUCAGUGAACUGGCCAGAUCCUUUCAGGAAAUGGCUGACCGCUGCUUACUGGCUUUACAUCUGGAGGUCAGGGUUCACUGCUUCCACUACCUCAUUCCGUUGGCUAAACAGGGGAAUUAUGCCAUUGUGGCAAAUGUAGAAAAUAUGGAUUAUGACCCUUUAGUUGUGGGGCUGAAUAAGGACAUUGGUGCCAUAGAGGAAGCAAUGGGAGCAAGUUUACAGCAACAUAAGUUUCAGUACAUCUUUGAAGGUCUGGGUCAUUUGAUUUCUUGCAUUCUCAUUAAUGGAGCCCAGUACUUUAAGCGCAUAAAUGAUGCUGGCAUCAAGAAGAUGUGCCGAAACAUCUUUGUCCUACAGCAGAAUUUAACCAACAUCACCAUGUCUCGAGAGGCAGACCUUGAUUUUGCUAGACAGUACUAUGAAAUGCUGUAUAACACUGCAGAUGAACUGCUGAACCUUGUGGUGGAUCAAGGAGUGAAGUAUACUGAGCUGGAGUACCUGCAGGCAUUGAGCCUGUUACACCGUAGUCAGCCUGGUGUCGGAGACCAAACUACUCAGAACAUGAGACUGCAGCGUCUGAAGGAAAUUAUCUGUGAACAAGCAGCCAUUAAGCAAGCCACUAAGGACAAAAAAAUCACCACAGUUUAGCAUCUCCACCCUUUAUUUAAUGAGUAUCAGAUAGUCAUGGCAGCUGCAAUACCAAAAGGUUACACAGGUGUUUGCCAUAGCCACUCCAGCAUAUCAGAUGCGCCAUGACUCAAAUUACACUAUGCUUAAACACCUACAACUUGGUGAUAGUAAAAGGCCUCUCAGUUCUUAAAUUAUGAAUCCAAAAGUCAUACCUGGCAACAUUUUGUAAUAUCUUUGCAUGUACUCCUACCCCCCUGUUCUUUGCCAGUGAACACACUGCUGCCCCUUUUCAUAAUGAUGAGAAUAUGCUAAGCUUUUUCUGUGAGCUCAUGUAAAAAAAGGGUUGACAUGCUAACCAAAAUAUACAGAGGUUAUAAAUGUAAUAAAUUAAUUUCAGUAAUUAAAGUCGUUUGUGUACCUGAUAAAUAACUAGUUCCGGUAUCAUUAAGUGAUGAAACUAAUAUUAACUACAUUCAGCAACUCUUGUUAAGCAUCAGGCUGGCUCAGUGUAAUGUAGUCACAGACAAUAAAAGUGAGUAAUCCGGAAUUUAAAAAGAAAAAGUAGAAAAGGCUUAUAAAGGCAAAAAACUUAUGAUCUUUUCAACGAGUAUAACUUUAAACUGCAAAGGGUGUAAUAGCUGUACAAACAAAAUUUGUUGUAUAUAAGUUUAUUUUUAACAAGUGAACAUGUUAUAGGGAUGCAUAUGAUGAUUUGCAAUCUCGGAGUGGAAUUAUAAAAAAAAGACUUAACUUUUCCAUUUCAUGUUAUUGUAAUUUCUGGCAUCAUAAUUAAUCUCUAAUAAUUAAUGUUAUUGUUUAGUUAUAUCUGUAGGAAUAUUUCUGUUGUAUACUGGAAUAUUCCCAGGAAAACUAGGAAAGUAAUUUUAGUACUGCCGCUAGUCUUUGGUAAUUUCAUUGUACUUCGUGCAUGCACAUGGUUUAUUUGUAUGAAUGAAGUUCUGAUAUUUUUUUUUUUAAAACAUCUGGUAGCUCAGUAGGGUAUGACAGUGUUCUGUCAGUUAAUGAAUUCUGUUCUGACUUUGUGAACAAUCCAUCAUGUACUGUAAUACUAAUGACUGCGCUCUCCUUAAUAACAUUUUAUACUCACCAGAAGCAUAUGAAAGCAAAGAUGAGCAGAUGUAGAAUAUCUGGAUAAUAUAUCUUAGAUGAAUGAUGGGGCAACUCAUAGAAAUUUAGCAUGCUAAUGUAAUUGUUCUUCUACAAGAAGGCUUUCUCUAGUAUUCUAACUUCUUGUACACCAAACUUAGUUGUUUUCUUGUUUAUAAAACAAAUACUUUGCAAAUGAGUAUGUCUUGUGUUGAGGAAAUGUAGAUGAUGACAUUAUUACACUGUUCCAUAUUCUGUUUGAUCUGUGUUUAAUAAGAGCAACAUUAAACAGGUGGGGAGAAAAUGGUUACCAUUGGCUGAGGGGGCAAGCAAAAUGGCAGGCACUGCUAUUUUGAAAAUUGUCACACAGCAGUAACGUGCUACAUAAAAGUAUAGUUGUCUUGUGAAGAUAAAGUGUUUGUUCAGGUUAAUGCUUUGUCCAUAUGGUAGGUGCACAAUGCGUCUCUAACUUGUUAUUUUUACCUGUAUACUUUAAGUAUUAACUUUUUGAUUAAGGAUGCUUGCAAAAGUGUCAAAUGAAAUUUCCCAAAUCAAGUGUCAAUCUAAUGUAGAAGGAUGUUGCAUGUAGUUAGGCCUUUUUAUAUGUUGCGUAUGCAGUCAUCCUACUCAUCUAACAUCAUAAUAAAGGAUUGUAUAUGUUUAUCCUUAUUUAUACUCACUAGCAGGUACACCACAAUUUUAAUUUAAUUAACUUUGACAUUAAAGUGAAGUGUACAGCUGUUGUAGAAACAGCUAGAUUCUUCUAAAAGAAUUGAUGUUUUACAGAAUACAGGGCUUCCAGUACACACAGUAUAUUCUUAGCUUCUAAUUCUUCUGAAAACAUUUUUUUCUGUAUUUUGUAGAUGUUCUUCGUAUUUCACUGUUGCAGUCAUCAAAUUUGGAUAAUCCCUGCCAGGGUAGCCCUCGGCUGGCCCGAA